AUGUCGAACGCCACUGCGGACAUGAAAAAUCUUCCAGUACUUACCGGUCCCGAAGACUAUCAGGACUGGUCGGCCACCGUGAUCACUCACCUGCGCGUUCACGGAGUUUGGCGAUACGUCACGGGCGAAUACACGAAACCGGAGCUUGCUGCCAUCUCACAGAUACUCGGGCCCCUUUCCAAAGCGACCAAGGACGCCAGUCUUGCUCAGGCGAAAGAGAAGCUCAGACUGUGGCAAGAUGCCGAUGACAAGGCCUACGGCAUGAUCUGUCAAUCCUUGUCCCAUCCGAUCAAGCACGAGGUGAUAAACCAGUCAUGCUCGAAGGUCGUCUGGGACUACCUCGAAGCGAAAUACAAUACUCCUUGCAGUUCUCUUUCGUUCAAAGGUCUGCGGGCUGUCACGAAUACUCGCUAUGAUGACUGCAAUGGCAUGGAAGAAUACGUCACGAAGCUCACCGCAGCUCUAGAGAAACUAGAUCGCAGCCUCGGAGAUAAGUAUCUUCUUCCCGACCCGUUGAAAAUCCAGUACUUGCUUUGCAACCUAGGCAAUUCCUGGAAGGAUUUCCUGACUCGGUAUCUGAGUAGUCGGUUUGAGAAGGGGAAGACUUCGUUUGAUGAGGUCGUUCAUGAUUUACUUCAGGAGGAGAUUACUUUUACAUUCAAAAAACCACCGUCGGAUGACGCCAUCUCCUAUCUCCUUUACGGUCUCCAGGCCAUCCACCCCUACGUCACAGAAGCUUCGCGCUCCGAGGACAGCGUCAAGUUCCAGGCUCCCACUACCGACGUCCACCCUUUCGGCGCACUUAUCAGGUCAUGGUUUGGCUUGGAAAAUCGCCCGUUUGAGGGCUACUACAUGGUGUUGGAUAUAUGA